AUGUCUGAACGCUUCACACCCAAGGUGCCGGUCCAGCUGGAUCCGCCCAAGGACGACCCCAUCUCCCUGGAAGAAUUGGCCAAGUGUGACGGCACUGACCCCAGCCACCCAACUCUGGUCGCCAUCAAGGGCACUGUUUUCGACGUCUCCCGGAAUGCCGCCUAUGGGCCGACAGGGCAAUAUCGCGUUUUCGCCGGCAAGGACGCCUCUCGUGCUCUCGCCUGCUCCUCGCUGAAGCCCGAGGACUGCGUGCCUGAGUGGUAUGACCUGGCGGACAAGGAGAAGACCGUACUGGAGGACUGGUUUACCUUCUUCAGCAAGCGUUACAACGUCGUCGGCAAGGUCGAGGGUGCGAAAAACACUUAA